ACCGAUAAAGCGGUCAUCCAACGAAGGUCGGUCAGUGUUGCAAACGAUUCUGUAACUAGUAGACACGCGCAUGAACAAUCACUCGCCAAUUAUAUCAAGUCGUGUUCAGUCAUUUAUGUUGGCAAAUUACAAAGAUCUGUGCGUUAUUGAGCAAGAAAGAAGUGAGCAGCAAGAUAUAAAGUAGUAUAAGAGGUGACAUAAUCGUAUGAAACAACAGCGAAUAUAAAUAAUAAAAUUAAUUUUACAAUCAAAAAUAUUGUCCAGUGUACUUUCUAAGAGUAGGAGUGGAAACAAGUGUAGAAGUAAAUUGCUGACAUCACGACCAACGAUUAGUCACCCAGAAACAAGAAGCUGUAUGGUAGUGAGGCAAACGAAUCUGAUUGGUGGUCAGCGAGUGCUAUUCGAUCAAAAAACGCUCAUAUAAUUUACAACAGAUCGUUGACAGAACGUAGCUCUCAGUAUAUGUGUGCAGUGUUGUUUACCAUCAGUGUUAAUCUAUGUUAAACUGUAUUAAAAACGGUUUGUUUGGAAAAUGACAGAAAACGUAAAGAAAGAUACUAAAAAACCUCCGGAUGGUGGCUGGGGCUGGUUCGUUUGCCUUGGAAGCAGUCUAAUUACGCUUUCUUUGCGUUCUUUGGACCCAUCUUUUGGAUUACUUUUCCAAGAUCUGCUAAUAAACCUCGAUGUGGAUUCUAUAGGAACGUCGGUUAUAAUGAGCGUUCUAGAUGCCAUUGUCAAUUUUACAGGUUUUCUAGUUGGACCAUUAUUAAAAAAAUUUUCUUAUCGGCAAGUCGCAUUCUUUGGAUCUUUAUUCAGCUGCAGUGGCUUAAUACUUACAUCAAGGGCUGAUAGUAUGCUUUAUAUUAUUUGCACCUACAGCAUCUUAGGAGGUCUGGGUACUGGCCUUGCAACGGCUUGUUCCUUCGUCGCACUGAACACAUUUUUCGACAAAAAGCGUGGCCAAGCCGUCGGAUUUUCCAUGGCAGGAACUGCAUUGGGAAUGAUGCUCGUGCCACUGCUAAUACACAUGCUGCUGGAAUUAUAUGGAUUUCGCGGCACAACACUUAUCAUGGGAGGAUGGGCGUUGCAUUCUAUAGUAGGAUCAUGUUUAUUACGUCCACUUGAAGAACGAUCAUUGUCACUGCCAGUUGAAGAAAAGACUGAUAAAGAACGAGAAAGCGAAGCUUUAUUAAUGAAAACAAAUCCUACUGGAUCACGAAGGAUGUCGAACGGAUCAACUUGGACCAAGGAUCAAAAGGCGGAAGAUGAAUCAAAACUCUCAUCUAAAAAUGAAUCGUUUAUGAAGAAGAUAAAAGCAACCUUUGACUUGGAUCUUCUCAAGAAUCCCACGUACUUAAACGUCUCUCUAGGUUGCAGUCUUUUCUACGUAGCCGAAUCGAAUUUUAAAUUAAUGAUGCCUUUCUUUCUCUCGGAUAUCGGAAUGACGAAAGCGGAGGUCGCCUUUUGCUUAUCCCUGACUGCUUUUGUUGACAUCCUCGCCAGACUGUUAUUGCCGACGCUUUUCGACAAGUUCGGUUGGAAAAAGCGCAUGGUCUUUUGGGUCUUCUGUCUCUUCGUUGGAACCGCACGUUCCGUAUUGGCAGAACAAUCGGCAAAGAUACCCUUAAUCAUCAUGUUUGUGAUAGCGGGAUUCUUGCGCGGCGCUACAUUGGUGAAUCUUAAUCUCUGCAUAUCAGAAUGUUGUACUUUGAAGAAGUUACCGAGUGCAUUUGGAAUGUAUAUGGUGUUCAAGGGCUUAUGCGUGGUCACUAUAAGUCCUUUAAUCGGAUACAUCAGAGAUGUCAGUAAAAGUUACAAAAUCUGCAUCCACAUAAUGACCGUUAUAAUACUUGUCACUUUUAUUAUGUGGAGCAUCGAAUUUUUAUACAUCGCCUUUUGUAAACGACGACUUACCAUAUUAGCCGUGCUGCCAGUGCAACAGUGUUUCGGACUUAUUUUUGCGGAACGUUUUACAAGUCUCGGUAUCACCGCAACGCAAACAAGCCUAAUUCUUCAUCUUAAUGGAACAAUAACGUGCAGUCUAGGCCUGAUAAGCGGUCCAAUGAUGAAAAGAUUCACCUUUCGUCAGGUCGCAUAUUUCGGCGGCCUAACGAUCGUUCUUGGAAUCUGCACCGCUGCUUUCGCGGUAUCUCUUCCGACUCUUAUUAUCACUUAUUGCGUUAUUAUCGGUAUCGGAGAAGGAAUUAUUUUUCUAGCGACAACCUUAGCUCUGAAUACGUAUUUCCGCAAGAAACGCAACGUAGCUAUGGGUUUUUCGGUUACAAUGACCGGUUUGGGUCCAAUCUUGAUGCCUCUUUUGAUAGAUGUACUUCUCGAGAAUUAUGCCACCACCGGCACUCUUUUGAUCCUUGCUGGAAUUGCCACACAUUCUUUUAUCGGUGCAUCGUUAUUAAGACCAUUUAAAAAGCAGAAAGAGAUUAUUCUGAUAAAUAAAACUACUGAUGUAUUGAAGGAAGAAAAAAGUUGGAGAAAAACAGAAGCUUCAUGUGCUGAAAACGAGGCAAAUUUACAAGAUGACAUUGUUCAAUGUCGAUUAUUAAAUGAGGAAGAUGCCGAAAAGGAAAGACAAUCGAAUCAUUGUUUGGGAAAUAUUAAAACAAAAGUAAAUAAAAAUAGAAAAACUUCGUGUCUCGAAAAUAUUGCUACAAAUUUGGAUCUCGAUCUUCUUCGUGACAGUCGUUACACAGCCAUAGUAUUAGGCAUGAGUGUCUCGUUAGUGGCGGAAACAAAUUUCAACGCGAUGAUACCUUUCGUCCUGGCCGAAUUGGCGAGCCUCAACAGAACUUCAAUAGCUACGGUGAUGUCGAUCCAGGCUGCCGCGGAUAUCACAGGACGACUUUGCGUGCCACUGUUGGCACAAAAAUCCGGCUGGACGUGCAGGAACCUUUACGUGAUAUCCCUACUAGGAUCGAUCCUUGGAAGGACUAUUCUAUCGACAUGGGGUAAUUCUUACGUCAUCGUGAUCGGAGUAUCUCUGAUCGUCGGAUUGUCAAAGGGAACCAAGGCUGUCUUCCAAGCUCUAAUUAUUCCCGAAUACGUACCAUUGGAGAAAUUGCCGUCUGCAUCCGGUAUUCAGAUGGUCUGUAACGGCAUCCUGUCUAUUAUCGUGGGACCAAUUAUUGGUCUAGUGCAUGAUUUAACGGAUAGUUACGUAGGUGCGCUAUAUUUUACAUCUCUUCUCAGCUUGUCCUGUGUCUUCUUAUGGUCUAUAGGUGGACUUUGGACUCCUGGUAAGAAUAUUUUAAGAUUGACUCAACAAAGUCCAGAAGACAAUUCUCGUCAAAAUGUUUAAAAUUAAUUUGAUAGCGAUUAAUUUAGCAUUUUCGAUUUAUGACUGCAAGUUUUAGACUACAAGUAUAAAGAUAAUAUAGAAAAAUUUAUAAAUAUAAAUAAAAUAUUGUGUGAUAUAAUUUAAUAAUAUA